GUAAAAAAAAAAAAAAUCUCAAGAAACUUCUUUAACUAACUAAUAAAGCAAUUUUACUAAUAUAAUAAUUGAACCGAUUGAAUAUUAUGAGUCAAAAGCAAUAAUAAUACUAAAAGUGGUAAGUAAUUAAUAAAACUAAAAUAUAUUAUAAGAAAUGUUUCAUAUUGUAAUAAGGCUGAUUGGUGAAACAUAAUAAUUUCUCACAUAUAAGUCUGCCUCAGUAUUUUUUUUAAAAUUCUUUUUUAUCCUUGUCCUCACUUACGCUAGUUUGCACCAAUAAUAUUUCACAAAAAAUACUAUAAAAGCCGAAAACAAUGACUAUCACUUUACUUUGCCUCCUCAAAGGAAAUAAGACCGCAAACGCCUUCGCUGUUGAUAUUGAUAGUGGGAAGUUGGUUAGCCACCUCAAGGACGCUAUUAAGGCAAAAAAGUCACCAGUGUUCGAUAAUAUUCCUGCAGACGAACUCAAGCUAUGGAAAGUGCCAAUCUCUGACGAUCAUGUCGAUCCCUUAAGCAAUCUUUCACUCGAGGACAGUGAAGAGCUGUUAGCAAUAAGAAAGAUUUCGAAAUACUUCCCUGACUCACUUCCCGAAGAACAUAUUCAUGUCUUAGUCUCUCCGCCAGAGACCACUGCCACUUCUGACGAGGUGUUGAAAUUAAGAGAGGAAGUCGCCUCGUUGCAGGCAUUACUCAACAAGUCUGAAUAUGAGUUCGAUGUCAUCGUUAGUCCGAGACGAACGAAUGGAUUUAAGUGGAUCGUAAACAUAGAAGAAGCGACCCUUGAAGGCCUCAAAAAUUCCAUACGUGAAAUGAACCUUGGGUUGCCAGCACUUGAAAAUGACGGAGCGGUGCUAAACUUUACGUACGAAGUAAAGAGAUACUCGCCUCGGAACGAUCAUGACUUCAGAAAAAUGCUCCGGCAGUUCGUAUCGAAGAACAAUUUCAGGCUUGUCGUGUCCAUAGAGACUCCCUCAAAAGCUUUCUCGGAUUGGACAUCCCCAAAAAUGUGUCAGCUUUACGGACUUGGAGAAUCGGAUGACCCAUCACUGUCAAUUAGAAAUAUCGUUUCUGUUUGAUCUCGAAAAAAAGUUUGCUGGUUUGAAGGAAUCAUCUGACCUCGAGGAUGAGAAACAAAAGUCAGAAACAACAAACGUUAAAGAUUUCGCAGUAAAAUUGGGACUCGAUAAAUUCACAAAAAAUAAAGAGGAGUGGAAGAAAUUUUAUGACUUCGCUGGCUCAGAUUUCGUUUGGCCUCAACCCCCAGACAUUAAUGAGCGUCGCUUAAUUUUUGAUUAUGUCGUC